AUGGCUGCUCAAGCUCCUCCCACAGACGAGCUCAGCAAGCUGAGCGUUGAAGACGCCGACAACAAACCUCAGCCGGAUGCGAGCAAUGGCAACCUAAACCACGACGAGGACGACUCCGAGGACGACGCAGAAGAUGCCUCUGCCCCUGCGGCUGGCGGGGCCAAGAAGAAGAAGAAGAGAAAGCCGAGGAAGAAGAAGAAGAACCCUACGCAGCAGUCCGACCCUCCGCGGGUGCUGAUUUCGCAGCUCUUCCCGGACAAGCAGUAUCCCAAGGGCGAGGAGGUUGAAUACCUAAACGAGAACAGCUACCGCACGACCAACGAGGAGAAGCGCCACCUUGACAACCUAAAGAGCGAGUUCCUCAACGACUACCGCCAUGCCGCCGAGGCCCAUCGCCAGGUGCGGCAGUGGGCGGCAAAGAACAUCAAGCCUGGCCAGUCGUUGACUGACAUUGCCAACGGCAUCGAGGACUCUGUCCGCGCUCUUGUCGGCCACCAGGGCUUGGAGGAGGGCGAUGCUCUGAUUGCCGGGAUGGGCUUCCCCACAGGGUUGAGCAUCAACCACUGCGCAGCGCACUACACGCCCAACGCGGGCAACAAAAUGAUCCUGCAACAGGACGACGUGAUGAAGAUCGAUUUCGGCGUCCAAGUGAAUGGUAAUAUUGUCGACAGCGCUUUCACCAUGGCCUUCAACCCCCGGUACGACCCGCUCCUAGAGGCCGUAAAGGCCGCCACCAACGCGGGUAUCAAGGAGGCCGGUAUCGACGUGAGGCUGGGCGAGAUCGGAGGGGUAAUCCAAGAAGUCAUGGAGAGCUACGAGGUGGAGAUUGAUGGCACAACCUACCCGGUCAAGCCGAUCCGCAAUCUAAACGGACACACCAUUCUCCCGUACAACAUCCAUGGCGGAAAGAGCGUGCCGAUCGUGAAGAGCAACGACACUACCAAGAUGGAGGAGGGCGAUGUGUUUGCCAUUGAGACCUUCGGCAGCACGGGCGGCGGCCAUGUGAUCGAGGAUGGCGAGGUGUCGCACUACGCUAAGCGUACCGAUGCGCCCAAGGUUGACCUUCGUCUGAGUUCGGCCAAGUCGCUCCUGAGUGUCAUUAACAAGAAUUUUGGCACCCUGCCGUGGUGCAGACGGUACUUGGACCGCCUUGGUCAAGAGAAGUAUCUGCUCGGGUUGAACAAUCUUGUCUCGAACGGCAUCGUCGAGGCGUAUCCGCCGCUGGUGGAUAAGAAGGGCUCAUACACGGCCCAGUUUGAGCAUACCAUCCUCAUCCGACCGACCGUAAAGGAGGUCAUCAGCCGUGGAGAUGACUUUUAG